AUUGGCGCUGUUAGUGGUUGUUAGAUUGUUGAUUUCGAGGCAACUCUGCUCAGUGGCACCAAGGUUUCAGAUAAGGAAAUUGGGGUCUUAACAGAGUUGCUCAUGGUGGAGUUGCUUAAAUUGGAUGCAAUUGCGGCUGAUGGAGAAGCAAAAGUACAGAGGCGGGUUGAGGUUCGUCGUGUGCAGAGCUUUGUCGACACACUCGACAAACUAAAGGCAAGAAACUCUAAUCCAUUCAGCAAUAAGAGCAGCAAUGCAGUCUCAGUCACUACAAAAUGGGAGAGGUUUGAGUUGGGGGUUGGAAGCCUAAAUGCCCCAACCCCAUUGCCAUCUUCUACCAAAAUAACUCAGGAUUGGGAAUUGUUUGACUAAGCUUAAUAAGCCAAUUAUACUGGUUUUGUAUAAAUUUCGAAGGAUAUAUAUAUAUAUAUAUAUAUAUAUAUACACACAUAUAAUGUUGUCAUAGGACCCAAACCCAUUUGGUACAAUUUUGCUUGUUGAAAGGGUGUUUUUGGUAGCAACUGAGGGAAGGGUCCUUGAACAAAUUAUAUAUCUGUAAAUAUGGUUUUACCAUAUAUUGCAUACUUCUGAUGCCUCUCUACUA